AUGUUGUACAUUGAUGGCCUGCGAUUGGCUAGUGAUGCGUGGUACGGUCUGUGCUACAGCACGGCGUUCUCCAGGGCGAAUGCUGAAGCAGCGUGCAGCGCAGAUCCUGAUUGCUAUGCCUUGCAUGACACGGACUGUGCGAAGAUUUGUGUGCGUUAUUGUUACAGCGUGAUCGGUGGCACUGUGGCAAAACAAAACGGCACGAACAGAAGGUCCUGCACCUACGUCAAGAACCAGCUGACGACGGCUUCUUGUGCCAAUACUUCACAUAAUGCGAGUGGGCUUUUCGUCGGCCCUGCCGGAUCCAAUGCAAGCUGCAUCAUGUGGACUGAAGCUCUCAUAGUUUGUGCAUCGUAUUCCGCAUUUUACGACGACUCCGACUUCACAGCCAUGGAUAUGUGUUGUGCGUGA